AUGUCAUUCGCACAACAACAUGUUCUUCACAACAACAACAACCUUUGGGUGGCCUCUAUUCUCAUGGCAUGGAUGAUGCUGUACUGCAGUGUGUCCCAUGCCGUACCCACAUCCAUCUCCAUUACAGGUCUUGCAUCGGAGUCUGGAAAACAAUUGAAGAAAUAUAUCGUUCCUCCCGUUAUGAAAAUUAAUGCACCGUAUGCUGAGUGGGCUCAUCAUCAUUUGGUAUGGAUGAAUGGAGAAAGUCAAAACCAACAAGACUUGUUGAAAUUAGUGGCCACCUAUGCGCAAAAUGACAUUCCAGUAGGAGCUGUGGAUUUGGAAGCAGGAUGGUCGACUGGAAUGAACAAUUUUGUACCUAACCAGAGUAAAUUUCCAAAUCUUUAUCAAUUUGUGAAACAACUCCAUUCCAUGAAUGUCAAAGUCAUUUGUUGGACCACACCUCUCAUUAAUGUCGAUUCUCCAAAUUACAACACAGCUUAUUCGAAAGGAUAUUUUGUGAAUGAUGGAAGAUCGAUUGAAUGGUGGAAAGGAAGAGGAAGCUUUAUUGAUUACACCAAUCCAGAGGCAGUUCAAUGGUGGCAUUCACAAAUGAAUAAUGUGUUGAUUUUGAAUCAGACAGAUCCAAAAGAAGGAAUUGAUGGUUGGAAAUGUGACGGCUCAGAUCCAUAUUUUUAUGAAUUGAUCUAUGCCUAUGGUAAGAAUGGACACAUUUCAGAGAAGGCUUACUCGUACAUGUAUUAUCAUGAUUUUUUAAAUUAUACCAGACAAGUCAGAGGUCAAGAUUCUUUGAUUGUUAACAUUCCUGUAGAUUCCAUCUUUGGAAUGGCCUACUUUGAAUUUGCUCCAAAAGAUAUCGUCUUUAAUGGAUGGGUUGGAAACAAGUAUGCCAAUUACUUUGGUUUUAGAGAAACUGUGAAAAAUAUGCUUCAUUCAGCUUGGAACAAGUAUUUAGGAUUUACCACACCAAUUGGAGGAUAUGAAGGAAUUCGAAGCUAUGACGCCGAUUUGUAUGUGAGAUGGUUCCAAUUUGCUGCCUUUACAAGUGCCAUGCAUAAUGGAGGAUAUGGAACUCAUGAACCAUGGAUGUAUAAUUCAACCAUAACAAAACUAUACAGAAAAUUCACUCAUGCUCAUUAUGAAAUUGUGCCUUACUUGUACACCAGCGGAAUUAAUGCUUUCCAAAAUCAAGCUAGUUUGAUCACACCAUUGUCAGAUUGGACCAUGUUUGAUCCAUCUUUUUGGACAUUCAAACUUGGAAAGGAUAUGAUUGUGACUCCUAUUUUUGAUUAUUCAAAUUACACCUAUGUGUUAUUCCCUGAAGGUACUUGGGUUGACUAUUUCGAUCAUACCGUCACUUUUGCAGGUGUUUCCAAUGUCACAUUUGAUUACUCAAUGACAUAUGAGGAAUUUCCUGCAUUUUACAGAGCUGGUAGUAUUUUACCUUUGAACAUUACAAGCGAUUAUGUCAAUGUAUUUGGAAAUUCCAAAUCACAUUCUGGUUAUUUAACACUUGCAAUUCAUUAUCCAAUCAUGAAUGAAGAACAGAGCCAAAUGAUAUCCUCUCAUGGAAUUCAAGUGAAAUAUUUCCGAAAUUCUAAAGACAAUUCCAUGUCUAUCACCAUUUCAGCACCUAAUGGAUUUAGAGCAGAUUCAGAAAAAUUAAAAUAUUUAUUGGACAUUCGAGGGCUAUUGGCUUCACAACCUGAAGGAUUCGAUGUGUAUCAAAUGCUUGAUUUUGGAGAUGAACAAAAACUUGUUCCACUCUCAAAAUUUGAACAUAGAGCCGAAUUUGAUGGAUUAUCAACCACCAAAUUUGGAUGCUUUUAUCAUGAAAAAGAUGUGAGUUAUUACAUGCAUAGAAAAGCCGAUGGAAAGGUGUUGAGGCUCAAACAACAACAUUUGUGGAUUAAGGUUCAUGAUAUCAUGAAGGGUGUGAAAAUUUUGAUUAAAUAA